GGGAGCGGCGGCCCUCCCGCCUGGAGCCGGGGGGCGCCGGGGUCCCCCCGCUUCACCCUCGGCUCCCCCCUGCAGGCGCCGCAGCCCCCCGGGACCUGCCGCGGCCCCGCCAUGUCCUGAGCCCCGGCACCGGGCGCGCCCAUGAGGAGCAGCCGGAGCGACGUGGCCGGGCCCGAGGAGCAGCCCGCUCCGGAGCCGCCGGAGCCGCAGCGCUGCGGGUGCUCGCUGCCAUCGCCGGCGAUGCCCGGUGCCGAGCUGUGCCGCGGGCACCGGCGCCUCUCCGCCAGCCUCCAGCUGCCCCCCCCCUGGAAGCCCCCGGAGCGGCCGCGCUCACCGGACCCCGCCGGGCUCCCGCGUCCCACCACCCUCCCCCUGCUCCUGCCGCGUGUCACCGUUACCCACCCCGAGCCCCACAGGGUGAAGGUGUCAGCCCGCCCCCAUUGACACCAAUGGGCUCCCGGGAGCCACCGGCAGUGGGAAUUGGGGGGGGUGUCACAUCGGACCCCCCCUCUUUGUGCUAUGGCUGGGGAUAGGGGGAAAGGAGGCUGCAGCCCAGGGGGGCUUGGGGGCCUCCGGGCAGCUUUGGGGACCCCCCCAGUGUCCCUUAGGUAGGGAGGGGGCUCCCCGGAGACCCCCAUUGCCACGCUGAGGGGGUCCCUGCAGCACCGGGGUGGGGGAUCCCCCCUUGCUUGCGGGGGUGUGUCCCUGCGUGGGGGGGGGAUACCCCAUGGGGGGGGUCCCCGGAGGGGGUGGGAUUCCUUAUGGGGGUGGUUAUGUGAAGGGAGGGUAUAAGGGGGGGGGGUCCGCUCCGCCUCGUACCUGCGGGGGGGUGCGGGGGGAGGCGCGGGGGGAGGCGCCGGGCGCGCAGAGGCGGCACCGGCGGCACCGGCGGCAGCGGCGGCAGCGGCGGCACCGGCGGCGAUAAGCGCCUCCCCCGGGGUCGUCCCAACCGGUUGCACGGGGCCAUGCGGAACCCGGGGCCGGGAAGAGCCGCCGCCGCGCACCGAUAGGGACCGGCACCGGCUCCGGGCGCAUCGCGGGGUCCCCCCGGUACCGCGGAUGAUGGAGCCGGUGCCGGGCUCCCGGAAAAGCCUCUCCCUGUCGCUGCCGGUGCCCCGGGAGGGGUCCAGCACCCUGAAGCCCCCCCAGCACCUCUGGCGCCAGCCCCGCACCCCGAUCCGCAUCCGACACCGGGGCUUCUCCGACGCCGACCGGCACCGGCCCCGGCCCAUGGAGCGGGCGGACGCGGUCGACACCGGGGACCGGCCCGGGCUGCGGAAAUCCCGCAUGUCGUGGCCAUCGUCCCUCCACGGGGCCCCCAGCACCGGCAGGCGGUAGGUGACAGCGGCGGGGACCCCCCGAGCCCCCGGUGCCAUCCCGGGACCGGGACCAGAGGGGGGACCCUCUGCACCGGCACCAUUCCGGUAGCGGGACCCCCCCCCAGCACCAUCCUGGUAUCAGCACUGGAGACGGGAGCGCCCCAGUGUUAUCCCGGUAGUGGAGGCAGGACCCCCCCCAGCAUCAUCCCGAUCCCGGUACCGGAGGCAGGACCCCCCCCAGCAUCAUCCCGAUCCCGGUACCGGAGGCAGGACCCCCCGAGCAUCAUCCCCGAUCCCGGUACCGGAGGCAGAACCCCCCCCAGCAUCAUCCCGAUCCCGGUACCGGAGGCAGGACCCCCCCAGCAUCAUCCCGAUACCGGAGUCAGUCCCCCCCAGCAUCAUCCCGAUCCCGGUACCGGAGGCAGGACCCCCCCAGCAUCAUCCCGAUCCCGGUACCGGAGUCAGGACCCCCCCAGCAUCAUCCCGAUCCCGGUACCGGAGGCAGGACCCCCCCAGCAUCAUCCCGAUACCGGAGUCAGGACCCCCCCAGCAUCAUCCCGAUCCCGGUACUGGAGUCAGGACCCCCCCAGCAUCAUCCCUAUCCCGAUCCCAGUACCAGAUGUGUGACCCCCCCCCCCAGCAUCAUCCCGUGGGGCAGCAGUGACACAAGGAGGGGGGUGUCACAUCCAUUGGGACCCUGUUCGGGGUCCCCAUCGGGUCCCGGUCCCGGUGAUGGGAUCCCGGCACAGCCACAGCGGGACCAUUGGGUGCUGAGGGGGGGUUCCCCGUCGCCAUGGCGGGGUCGGGGGCUGCCGGGAUCUGCCUGUUCCCUGUUCCCAUUCCCAGGAAGGGAUCUGGGGGGGGGCGGCAUGUACUGAGCUCCGUGUCCUUCCGGCAGAGCCGGGGGGGGCCGCGGCACCUCCGGCUUCAUUAAUGGGGAGCUCAGCGAUGCGCAGGAGGCUCAGCAGAUGGUCGGGACUUGGGUCCUUCCUCCUCCUCAUCCUCCCUUCCCGAGGGAUUCCAGCCCCUCCUGGAGGCAGCGGAUGGGAAGGGCAAUGGGCUGGUGGCUGCCUUGCUCCCGGUGCCAGGAUGAUGCCGGAGAGGGGGCAUCAGGAUGCUGGACCCCCCACACUCAUCGCAUCAGGAUGCUGGACCCCCCCCUACAUCAGGAUGUUGGACCCCCCCCAUUCAUCACAUCAGGACGCUGGACCCCCCCCAUUCAUCACAUCAGGAUGCUGGACCCCCCCCAUUCAUCACAUCAGGAUGCUGGACCCUCCCCAUUCAUCACAUCGAUCCCCCCCCAUUCAUCCCGGUGUCCCCAUCCCGCUCUGUUCAACCGGGAGCAUCCAGUUGGAGCCUCCCGCUUGUGGGUUUCCCCCUUCCUGGAGCAAUCGGUGCCAUUAAGGCAAAGGAAGGUCAGAUCCCGAGCUGGGGAUCACCAGAGCAGAGGCAGGAUCCAGCCGGCUUCAAGAGGCCUUUCCCAGCUUCCUGCAGCCUUUUCCCUAAGGAAUCCCUCCUGAACCGGAUCCCUCUAUUGAAUGAAUCAAUAAACCAUCCUCCUCCUCCUGAGGAGCAGAACGGAGCCGACGCCAUCCCGGCGCCCUGCUUAGGAUGUGCCGGAAUCUUUUCCAAGUGGGAUGAGUCACCUGCGGCCAUUACAACUUCGAGGCGGAGAAUGGGCCCCCCUCGGAGCCUCAGCCCAGCCCGGGCCUGGUGCUGCUGCCCGGGGGGGGCCCGGGGCAGCGCCGCGAGUCCUUCCUCUACCGCUCCGACAGCGACUACGACGCGUCCCCCAAGAGCAUGUCCCGCAACUCCUCCAUCGCCAGCGAGGCUCAUGCCGAGGACCUGAUCGUCACCCCCUUUGCACAGGUCCUGGCCAGUCUCCGCAGUGUCCGCAGCAACUUCUCCAUCCUGACCAAUGUGUCCCCCCCCCCGGGCAGCAAGCGGUCGCCCGUUGGCUCCCAGCCCCCCCCCCUGCCCGGCCAUGCUCUCAGCUGGCCCGGGAGACGCUGGAGGAGCUGGAUUGGUGCCUGGAGCAGCUGGAGAACCUCCAGACCCACCGCGCCGUCAGCGAGAUGGCCUCCAACAAGUUCAAGAGGAUGCUGAACCGGGAGCUGACCCACCUCUCCGAGAUGAGCCGCUCCGGCAACCAGGUCUCCGAGUACAUCUCCAGCACCUUCCUCGACAAGCAGCACGAGGUGGAGAUCCCGGCCCCCGGCCCUAAAGAGCGGGAGAAGAAGCGGCGGCCGCCCCCCUCCUUGGGGCAGCUCCGAGGGGGGGGGGGAAAGCAGCUGCCCCCCCCCAGCGGCGCGGGGGGGUGCGGGGUCCCCCGCUUUGGUGUCAGCACCGACCGUGAGGAGCUGCUGGGCAAGGAGCUCGAGAGCAUCAACAAGUGGGGGCUGAACAUCUUCCGCGUGGCCGAGUUCUCCAACAACCACUCGCUGAGCUGCAUCAUGUUCAGCGUGUUCCAGGAGCGGGAGCUGCUGCGCACGUUCCGCAUCGCGCCGCAGACGCUGCUGACGUUCGGCGCGACGCUGGAGGCGCACUACCGCCCCCACGUGGCCUACCACAACAGCCUGCACGCCGCCGACGUCGUGCAGUCCACGCACGUCCUGCUCGCCACGCCCGCGCUCGACGCCGUGUUCACCGACCUGGAGAUCUUGGCCGCGCUCUUCGCCGCCGCCAUCCACGACGUCGACCACCCCGGCGUGUCCAACCAGUUCCUCAUCAACACCAACUCGGAGCUGGCGCUGCUGUACAACGACGAGUCGGUGCUGGAGAACCACCACUUGGCCGUCGGCUUCAAACUGCUCCAGGAGGAAAACUGCGACAUCUUCCAGAGCCUGAGCCGGCGCCAGCGCCAGACCCUGCGCAAGAUGGUCAUCGACAUGGUCCUGGCCACGGACAUGUCCAAGCACAUGAGCCUCUUGGCCGACCUCAAGACAAUGGUGGAGACCAAGAAGGUGACGAGCUCCGGGGUGCUGCUGCUGGACAACUACACGGACCGGAUCCAGGUCCUGAGGAACAUGGUGCAUUGCGCGGACCUGAGCAACCCAACGAAGCCGCUGGAGCUCUACCGGCAAUGGACGGAGCGCAUCAUGGAGGAGUUCUUCCGACAGGGAGACCGGGAACGGGAGCGCGGGAUGGAGAUCAGCCCCAUGUGCGACAAGCACACGGCCUCGGUGGAGAAGUCGCAGGUGGGCUUCAUCGACUACAUCGUUCACCCGCUGUGGGAGACCUGGGCUGACCUGGUGCAUCCGGACGCUCAGGACAUCCUGGAGACGCUGGAGGAGAACCGGGACUGGUACCACAGCCGCGUCCCCCACAGCCCGUCCCCCCCCGCCGCCACCCCCCCGGGGCCCCCCCCGGCCCAGCCCCGCUUCCGCUUCGACCUCACGCUGGAUGAGGAUGAGGAGGGGGGGCACGACCCGGCCCUUUACCCCCCCCACCAUGAUGGAGAAGCCCCCUCCGGCCCCCCCCAUCCCCCCUAUGUCACCCCCCCCCGAGCGGCCCCCGGGGAGACCCCCCGAGGAGGAGGAUGGACCGGACCAAGCCGGUGGAGGGGGGGGUGAGUGGUGAUACCCCCCCCCUCCAUUGUACAUCAUUGGGGGUGGGGGGGGGGGGAACCUGCCCCCCCCCGAGCAGAAUUUGCUUUAUUUUUAUUUAAUUAUUUUAAUUUAAUUUUUGUUUUGGGGGGGGGGGGGGGCGGAAUUUUUAUUCUAUUUUUUACAAAAGUUGAAAAGACAAAAAACAGGGACCCCCCCCCCCCAUAAAACACCCCCCCAUAAAACACACACACCCCCCCCCCGGGGGGGCCCUCACCCCAAAGCCAUUGAUUGGGGGGGGGGGGAUUUGGGGGCUAUGGGGGGCAUGAGGCCGGGUGGGGGUGUUCACCCCCCCCCUUUGCAAAGGGACCCCCAAUGUGUGUGUCCGUGUGUCCCCAUUGAUCCUGGGGGGGGAAUCUUUACUGGGGGUCUUGUGCCCCCCCCCAGGACCCCCCCAUUGGGUCCAGGCCAUAGUGGGGGUGUCUGUGCCCCCCACCCCCCUAAAUCCCCACUAGAGAUGAAGCAAUAACAAGGUGCCCCCCCCCAUAUCCUAAAGGGGGGGGUGGGGAGGUCUGGGGGUGGGGGGGCCCCCCCUUCUGAACACUGUACUGUAGCAUUGGGGCUGGGGUCCCCCUUCAUUUGGGGGGGGCACAGCUGGGGGGGGCACAAUGGUGCUGGGGGGACGUUGGGGGGGUGUAGGGGAUGUGCCUCCCACCCAAUAAAUGGGGGGGGGGUUUGGGGAGGGGGUCGGGCCCCCCCCGUGACGUGGCCUUUAAUGGAGGGGGGGGCACGGGGGGGGGACAGAGCUUUUAUUUUUGUAUAUACUGUGAAUGGUUCGGUCGGGACCCCCGGGGGGGGGGCCAUGGGGGUGCUCCCCCCCUCCCCCAGCUCCCCCCCAUCACCUGGGGGGGGGUGUCUGUGCCCCCCCCACCCCCGUGUUCCCCCCCCCUCCCUUCUCCCUUCUCCAUCAUCAGCUCCAAUAAAGAGGAGAAGGGAUUGAG